AUGAUGCCGAUAAAGGACAAUCAAGAUGUGGCAUGCUUUUUGGUUACCAAACAUUCAUGGAAGGGAAAGUACAAACGUAUCUUUUCCAUUGGCUCCAUGGGGAUAACAACAUACAAUCCUAGCACAUUAGAUGUUACAAACAAGUGGGAGUAUUCUGACUUCAUAAAUGUACAGCCAGUAAAUAAAAGUCAAUUAGGUUCCCAUGAAUUUACCAUAACUAUGCGUAAAGAGCGGAAAAAUGAUACCAUGAAAUUUAGUUCGGAACACAGAUCACAUUUGCUGACCGAAGCUCUGAAAUACAGAAAUCAGUUUGAGAAACCUAAAGAAAAUUUGAGAUAUCAAGCUUACAAACAUCACUGGUCUGAUACAAGAUUGCCUGUAGUGUUAGAAAUAACACCAUACAGUCUUGAUCAACUAGAUCCUGCUACAAACAUGGUAUUAGCUAGUUAUUGUUAUAAAGAUUUCGAGGGGCUACUGACGAUGAAAGAUUAUCCCAAUGGAUUUGUGAUUGUAUGUGGUGGCUUUGGUCGCCUACAUCUCUUUGCUUCUGUGCACAUGGAAGAGAUUAAGAAAAAGUUACAGGAAGCUGCAUUAAACAAUUUAGGCAUUAACAUAAAAAUGUUGAAGGAACCUAUAAAGCUGGACGAUUUCAUUGCUCAAAGAUUAGGGAAAUUUAGUGGCGACGAGCAUAUAACGAGUGUUUCGGAAUUCACCGUACACAAGAUUUCCAGCAGGCAUUUAGAUCCUCAAAGAAGAACACUGUGUCUCUCGGACACUUGCCUGCUGGAAAGAGAUCCUCAGACAUAUAACAUUUGUACUCUUAGGCCAUUAUCGGACAUUUUUACUUUGGUUCGUGAUAAUGAUAACCCACAACUGUUUACCAUACAAUAUCUUAAUGGUCAAACGCGCAGUUAUACCGCAACGAAUAGAGAUUCUUUACUAGCGUCUUUGCUGGAUGGCGUGAGAGCGUCCGGUAAUAGAGAUGUCCAUGUGAAAAUGUAUCCUAUAGCUAGAGGUAAAAGGCUCGGACCUCUUAAUUUACCUGUCGACGAGGAAGUCGAGACGACGCAUGUCAAAUUCCUGCAACAGCCACCUGGAGGACGUACAUUCGCUGAAAUUCUGGAGAGGUUUAAUGCAAAUAUACCAUACAGUGGUCUUAAUUAUUCCGUUACUCAAGACGAAGUUGUACCGCUUGAAUGGACUGUAACAACGUUACAACUCCAAGUACAUCGUAUCAUGAAUGACUACUUACAGGGAAUCUUUACCGAAAACAAAGACAAGAUUAUUCUCGGAGCUUUGAAUACUUUAAUCAGCAAAGAUCUAGAGACAAACAGUGAGAUUGAGGCACAAUUUCAUGCACUACGACGAUUGGUGGCUAGCAAAAUCGGUUUCACUGCAUUUACAACACUUCCUGGUUUUAGAGAAGCUGUUGGAACAAAGGUCGUAAAGGCUUUAAAGCGACAAAAUUGCGGUGUAACACAAGCUGCCAUAGAUUGUAUUUGCACUUUGAUGCAACCAAUGCAUGAUGAUUGCGAUUUAAGACAAGAACAAUUAAACAAAAGUAGCCUACUCAGCAGCAAUAAAUUUCUAGAAAGCUUGCUCGAAAUGUGGAUUAAUCACAUUAAUCACGGUACAGGUGCUCUGGUAGUAUCCGCUAUGCUCGAUCUUUUAACAUUUGCUCUAUGCGUACCAUAUAGCGAGACAACCGAUGGUAAACAUUUUGACAAUCUCCUGGAGAUGGUAGCUGCAAGAGGAAGAUCUCUGUUUAAAUUGUUCCAACACCCUUCACUGGCUGUGGUUAAAGGCGCUGGAUUGAUAAUGCGAGCGAUCAUUGAGGAAGGCGCGCCAGAAGUAGCAGCUAAAAUGCAAGAAUUGGCGCUCGCUGAAGGAGCGUUACCAAGACACCUGUUAAAUAGUUUGUUUACUGUUGGCAGUGACAGUAGAUUAUUAACGCACCGGCAGUUAUGCCGACACCUUGUGGGUUUGUGGGUGACUGGACAUCCCACAGCUAUGGGACUGUUGAAACGAAUUAUGCCGGUUGGUCUGUUGAAUUACUUGGAUUCUGAUGAAAAAGUACCAGAUUCAUUCUUGGAAGAAGAAAGAUUGAACAAUCGUGACAACUUAAAGAUAGCUAUAGAUCAUGCGUCGAAAAAUAAAAAAAGUCCACAGUGGAUCGCUAUUGAACGUCAGAUGCGAGUGGUCGAGAAACACGUGGAGAAUGCUUUGCAGCAUUGGGGCGCUCGAAUUGGGAUAGAACGGAGAGAAAAGAUCAAAGAACGUCCGAUAGUCUUGAGAAAACGCAGAGAAAGAAUUAAAUCUGAAGCUAAUUGGAAAUUGUUCUAUUAUAAAUUUAAUCAAGAUCACGCACUGCCAAACUUAAUUUGGAAUCACAAAACUAGAGAGGAGUUGAGGAUAGCGCUGGAAAAUGAGAUCCGCGCAUUCAGCUCGGACAAGGAUUUGGCCGGUGGAACUUUGAUCGCGUGGAAUCACAGGGAGUUUGAGGUGCAAUAUCAGUGUCUUUCGGAUGAAGUUAAAAUUGGAGAUUACUACUUGAGACUUCUAUUGGAGAAAGAUAGUCCCGACAGCCCGAUAAGAAAAUCAUACGAGUUUUUUAAUGAUUUAUAUCAUAGAUUCUUAUUGACUGCAAAAAUCGAAAUGAAGUGCCUUUGCUUGCAAGCAAUGACGAUAGUGUACGGUCGAUAUUACGAAGACAUUGGCCCAUUCUCCGAUACAAAAUAUAUACUAGGAAUGUUGGAGCGUUGCACGGAUAGAACGGAGCGCGAUAGGCUAGUUAUGUUCAUAAAUAAACUCAUAUUACAUAGGCGAAAUGUCAAAGAUAUAAUGGAUCAAAACGGGGUGCGAACCUUAGUCGAUUUACUGACACUGGCACAUUUGCAUACCUCCCGAGCUGUUGUACCAACGCAAACUAACGUGAUAGAAGCCGGCCCGCAGCAGGAACGGAUGGAGAAAGAAUGGUAUUAUAAUAAUGGGGAUCAGCGUGAGGGACCGAUCAGUCUGAAAGAUCUGAAAGAAUUGUACGCCUUGAAUCAAAUGACUCACAAGACGAAAGUCUGGGCGCAAGGGCUAGACGGAUGGAAAACGAUUUCACAAGUGCCGCAAUUAAAGUGGAGUCUCGUCGCGAGGGGGACUCCCGUAAUAAAUGAAAGUGAUCUGGCUACCUUAAUUUUGAAUAUUUUAAUCAAGAUGUGCGAAUAUUUUCCAAGUAGAGACGCCGACGACGCGGUAAUCAGACCGUUACCACGUGUGAAGCGAUUGCUGUCCGAUCUUCAGUACCUGCCGCAUAUUGUACAGCUUUUGCUAACGUUCGAUCCAAUUCUAGUUGAAAGAGUCGCUACAUUAUUAUGCGAGAUCAUGCGGGAUAAUGCGGACGUGUCGAAAAUUUAUCUCACCGGCGUGUUUUACUUUAUCUUAAUGUACACCGGUUCCAACGUUCUACCGAUCGCGAGGUUCUUACAACUCACACACACCAAGCAAGCAUUCAGGAGCGACGAUAAUACUUCCUCAGAUAUCAUGCAACGAAGUAUUCUUGGCCAACUGUUGCCCGACGCGAUGGUGAGUUAUUUAGAAAAUCACGGGGCAGAAAAAUUCGCGCAGAUAUUUCUUGGAGAUUAUGAUACACCGGAAGCAAUCUGGAACGCGGAAAUGCGACGAAUGCUUAUCGAGAAAAUUGCUGCGCACAUUGCAGAUUUUACGCCCAAGUUACGAAGUCAUACUAUGGCCAGGUAUCAGUAUAUCGCUAUACCUGCUGUAAGAUACCCGCAAUUGGAGAAUGAAUUAUUCUGCCAGAUAUUCUAUCUCAGACAUCUUUGUGAUACUGUCAAGUUUCCACAGUGGCCUAUCCCGAAACCUGUACAAUUAUUAAAAGAUGUAUUGGACGCGUGGAAGAAAGAAGUAGAAAAGAAACCGCCUCUAAUGACAGUAGACGAAGCUUACAAGCAACUCGGUUUACCCACUGGCAAACAACACGACGGAGCGAUUGUUAGGAAAUCAUUUUACAAAUUGGCGCAAAUGUAUCAUCCUGAUAAAAAUCCCGAGGGCAGAGACAAAUUCGAGGCCGUUAGCCAGGCAUACGAAUUCCUAUGCAGUCGCAGUUGUUGGUCAACUACUGGCCCCAAUCCUGACAACAUCGUUCUGAUUUUGAGGACUCAAAGUAUACUCUUUCAUAGAUACGCGGACGAACUUAGACCAUACAAGUAUGCCGGUUAUCCCCAGCUUAUCAAGACUAUCAAACUCGAGACGGACGACGAACGGUUGUUCUCCAAAUCUGCGCCAUUACUAGCAGCAGCCAGUGAACUCGCGUACCACACUGUACACUGCUCUGCGUUAAAUGCCGAAGAACUGCGACGGGAGGGUGGUUUAGAUGUAUUGUUGGAAGCGUAUACGCGAUGUGUAUCCGUUUUGAGCAAGUCGAGCAAACCCACCGACAUAGCGGUGCAAGUUUGUAUGCAUAUCACUAGGUGUUUCGCCGUUGCCGGGUCGUUCCGAGGAUGCAGAGAUAAGAUUAUCGAGUUGCCACAACUUGUAAAAGACCUCUGCAGAAUCCUGCACUUCAAGCACUUAACAAAGUUAUGUGCAGUCGCCACAGAAUGCAUUUCGUCUCUCGCUACAGAUAGCAUAUUACAAAUGCAGCUAUUGCAAUCUGGUGCUUUAUGGGAUUUGUUGCUCUUUAUGUUUAACUAUGAUUACACGCUAGAGGAGGGAGGCGUGGAAAGAAAUCAGGAUGAAAAUCGUCAGGAAGUAGCCAAUAACUUAGCUAAAUUGGCGGUUCGUGCUUGCGCCAGAUUAGGUGGUUACAUGAAAGGGGAGGACGAGACACCCCAUAAUCCCGUGACGGUUGCCGCUUUGGAGAAUUUGUUAACACCCUACUUGGCGCGUGAGCUUGUUAAAGACAAACCUGAGGAGAUUUUAAAGAUAUUAAAUUCUAACUGUUCGAAUCCAUAUUUGAUCUGGGACAAUGGAACCAGGGCGGAGUUAAAUGAAUAUCUAGAAAUGAAACGGCAAGAGAGAUUAAACAAUAGUGAUAACUUUGAAAACGAUUUCAGUGACUUUAAGUAUACCGCUCAUGCUGAUGAAUUGGUAAUCGGUGAGAUAUUCGUCAAAGUGUACAAUGAACAACCGGUGUAUCCGAUAGAGAAUCCAAAGAGUUUCACGAUAAACUUGCUUGAUUUUUUAUCACAGUCUUGGGAGUACUUAACAUCGUUAGGAAAUGUCGCAUUGGGUAAAAAGGAUCAAGAAAAAUUGGAGCACAUUGUAAUGUCGCUCAAAGCUCUAAAGAAUAUUAUCAAAAAUAAUCCUGGAAUCGAGCUGCAGUGUAUGGGACAUUUUAAAUUGCUGUUCGGACUUCUGAGUUGUAAUAAUUUCAAACUCAUUCAGAGAAGCGCUCUAGAAGUAAUCAGUAAUGUUACCAAAAAUCAGGAAUGCGUUGAUGAUAUAGCCGCGAAUGAAGUUGUAGUGCAUUUGUUAUUAUGUUUGCACAGCCUAAAGGAAUGUCAGCUUCUCGCAUUAGAAACUUUGUAUGCGUUGAUGAGUUCGACUAAGAUCGUAAAAGAGGCAUUAGCAAAAGGAGCUGUUGUAUACGUUCUUGAUCUUUUUUGUAAUUCGAGUAAUAUCCAGAUAAGAGAAGCUGCGGCUGAAUUACUCGCAAAGAUGUCAUCCGACAAAUUGGCCGGGCCGAAAGUGAAGCUCGACUUGUCGAAAUUUUUACCCAGGCUAUUCAGCGAAGCUAUUCGCGAUGCCCCCAAACAAUGCGUCCACAUGUUCGAGACGAAGCACGAAAAUCCCGAAUUAAUAUGGGACGAUGACGCGAAAGCUAGAGUGGCGAGAAUUAUUGCCGAGUUAAAAGACGAAUACCACGCCCUACAGAGACGAAAUCCUAAUGCCAUAUUAAAGUUACCCGAUACACAAAAUAAUAUUGACGUCGCGACCAACGAACCCGUCGUAGGUGGAGUGUAUCUUAGAUUAUUCAUAGCCAGUCCCGCUUGGGCGCUUAGGAAACCGAAAGAAUUCUUAAGCGAGCUGAUGGACACUACGUUGACACUAAUGUCCAAAGAGAAGACUGACACGGAUAUGCUGGAAUUAACGACGCAGGCUCUUGUAUGUCUCCUUCAAGCACAACCCACUUUGGCGGACCAAGUACCAUCUUUGGGUCAUAUACCACGACUCUGUCGACAAAUGGCUAUCCAGAAUAGUCAGCCGUCAGUAUACAAGACGGCUAUAUUGAUUCUACAUCAGCUGGCUACGAGCGAAAUUUGUAUCUCGUCUAUAUGUCAAACGGAAUGUAUAAGCCCGUUAAAGCAUGCGAUGCAAUCAAGGAAGGACAUGAUAGCGGUAGCAUGCGAGACACUGAAUAGAUUAUUUUCGACGAAUGAGGAUAGACUUAUUAAACAGGCGCUGGAUGCCGAGAUGGUACCAUAUCUUUUAAAUAUAUUGGAAGGACGACUAGAUAUUGUUGAGAAUCCCGCCACAACUAAAGCGCAGAUAGUAAAAGCUUUGAAAGCUAUGACGAGAAGUUUACUGCUCGGCGAGAAAGUGAAUGCCAUCUUGGAAAAGUCGAGCGUAUGGGCAGAGUAUAAGGAUCAGCGGCACGACUUGUUCAUUUCUAAUAAUACCAGCGCUGGUUACCUUACAGCUGGCACUCCUGUAUCCGCCGGUUACUUAACAGCAGGGCCAAGUACAACACUAACGACGGGCCCACCGCCGGUUGAUAAGGAAGAUAGUUUAAUUAAUAGAAAUGACAGCAUCUGAUAUAGGUAGCAUCGUAAGUGGUACAAAAGGCAGUAAGAAUGUCAAUACUGAGAUUCCUAUCGGCAAAUAAUACCGAUAUAGAGACUAUAUUGUCUGUGAUUUUUGGCUUCUUAAAGAAAGAAAUUUAUUAACUGAAUAAUGUUUUUGUUGUAUAAUCCUUAUUGGUUAAGAUUACUAUACAAAACUUCGUUCUUUGAUUACAUUUAUAUAAACGAUAGCAACGUAGCCAUAAUGCUUAAGUCGCCAGUCUUUAAGACUACAGCAUACGUGUAUAGUAAAACCAUAAUAUCCCAGGACACACACAGUCUAUUACCGAACGAAUUUUUCAAACAAAUUUUUACCUUAUAUUCAGUCGCGAUGUGACACUGCGUUUUUAGUAACUAAAUGAAUUUACACUUGGAACUUUAACCGGCGAGAUGUUUCAAGAAAACGGGAAUCGAUAAUAUGUGUUGUCUGAGGCGUUCGAAAUUAGCUUCUUUUCCUUUUUAUAGAAAAUCUAAGUGAAGGUGUAAUUAUCGACUAAUUAAGCUUCAUUCAGGAUAGCAUUAUUAUAAGUUGCCUUCUUUUUCUGUUAUUUUUCCAUCGACCGGCAAACUUUAUUCUAUCGUCCUAUCCCAAUUUCUAAGCUUAAUUACACUCUAAUUGAAUCUCCACUUGGAUUUUGAGGGCUAAGGAAGGAUCAAUACUAAAUUCGUGAAAGAAACUUUAAUUGAUUCUCUCUCAUAAUUUUGGUAAUACCAAUAUAUAAUAUGGAAUAUUGCAAGAUGAUUUAUUUUUAAAUGAGAUUAGGGAUGAGUUCAAAUGUAAAGAUUUCCAAGAACCAUGGAUAAGAUUGCGUAAUGAUUUGCAGUAAAAUCAAAACGAAUUGAGGAAAUUAUUCAACAAAAAUUCAUACGUAGUAGCGCAACAACUUUCUCUGUGAUAGCACAUUAAUUGUGACGAAGACGUAACGAAAGAUGUCGGUUCUGCGCUCUAAGUCUCGUCACUGUAAAAGCACAUUUUUCAGAUGUCACAUUCCAAUCAGUCGGAAGUAUAAAAUGUACUUAUGCGAAAUUUACAUCUUCGUUCUAGGAAGACACGAUUAUUAACACUAAAGAAUCGGAAAAUCCCUAUUCAUUCAUACACAAUCAUGAUUUAUUAAAUUUCUAUUGUCGGAAUUAAAGCUUGUGUAAAUGCAGUUA